AUGAAUACAAUAACUCAAUUAGUUUCUCUACCAAAAGAUUUAAAUUCUACACUUAUAAAUACUGAAUCAUGGUUUAUUCCUAUCGAUAUUCUCUUACUUAUAUGUCUUUUCUUAGCUAUUCUAUUGGCUUUAUUAUUUUUAUUUAUUAUUUUCAUUGAUAAAACAUGUCAUACAAUUCCAAUGAUGUUUGUAGCAAAUUCAUGUUUUGCUUGUCUUUCAUUGACGAUUAUUAUGUUUUGGACGACAAUCUUUACGCUUCAGAAUGAUCUUAAACAAAUUUCCUAUGAAGAUUCAUCAUGUAUUUUUCGAGGUUACAUGAUUUACGUUACCGGUGGUGAAUUAUUUUAUGCAUAUCUCUUACAAGCUACUUAUAGUUAUAUGACAGUUGUUUAUCACACUCGAUUAUUUUGGCAAUCAGCAAAAUUUCAAUUAUUUCUCAUUUGUUUAAUGUGGGUAUCUGUCUUUAUAUGUAUUUUACCACAUUUACUCACUCAUGAAAUUAAAUAUCAAGUUAAUGAUCAAAUAUGUCAAAUGGUACUUCAUCUUUCUGUUGUAGCAGUUUAUAAUAUAUUUUAUGUUUAUAUAAUACCGAUGAGUGGAAUUAUGUUUAUAUAUUUGAAAUUAGUUCGAUAUGUUAAAGAAAUGAAUCAACAUAUUACACCUGUAAAUACUUUAGUUCGUGCACAAAGAGAAUUAAAAAUGGUUUAUCGAAUAAUGAUUCUUCUAUUGAUUUUAUUAACAAUGGGCGUACCUUUUACAAUUUUUGUUUUUAUGGGAUUUAUAACUGAACCACCAAAAUAUCAUUUACGUAUAGCGUAUAUAUUCGUUAGGAUCUCGUUAAUGUUUGUAAUGAUUGUAUUAUUUAAAUUUACAGAUCCAGUUAAAAAUGCAAUAAUGAAAAAAAUAACUCGACGAUCGAAUACCGUCGUAGCCAUAAUAAUGACAUAA